UCAGCGCGGUACGGCGAGCCGGCGCGGUCAAACCGUGCACGCCCCUCUCGCGAGACGGCGGCGCUGGGGCGGGCGCACGUGCGCGCGCGGUGAGGGACCGGGACCCGCCGCGGCCCGAGGGGCCUCCGGUAACACCGACACCGCCCCCGGGUCCCCCCGCCCCGCUUCGCUCCGCUCAGCCCCCUCCUGGCGGCUCCACGCCCGUCCGCUCCCUCUCCUCCGGAGCCGCUGCCGCCCCUCGCAGCGAUCCCCCCGGUGCUUGUACCGAGCAUCCUCCCGGCGCCCUCCUUGCCGUCAGCCCCGGCACCGCCCCGCCCUGCGAGCCCGCCCCUCCUCAGGGCUGUGACAUGGCCACAGAGGUGGCUGAGCCGGUGGUCCCUGACUGCAGAGGGGACGGCAGGAGCGGUGCCCGGUCCGACGCCGAUUACCCCCUGCGGGUCCUGUACUGCGGAGUCUGUUCGUUGCCAACAGAGUACUGUGAAUACAUGCCUGAUGUGACUAAAUGCAGACAAUGGUUAGAAAAGAAUUUUCCAGAUGAGUUUGCAAAACUUACAGUAGAAAAUUCACCUAAACAGGAAGCUGGGGUUGGAGAAGGCCAAGGAAAUGUGGGAGGAGGAGAAGAAGAGGAGAAGAAGAAGCAAAAGAGAGGUGGGAGAGGUCAGAUAAAACAGAAGAAGAAGACUGUACCACAGAAAGUUACGAUAGCUAAAAUUCCCAGAGCAAAGAAAAAAUAUGUCACGAGAGUGUGUGGCCUCGCCACGUUUGAAAUCGAUCUUAAGGAAGCACAAAGGUUUUUUGCUCAGAAAUUUUCCUGCGGUGCCUCAGUAACAGGAGAAGAUGAAAUCAUCAUUCAGGGGGACUUUACAGAUGACAUCAUUGAUGUAAUCCAGGAGAAGUGGCCUGAGGUGGAUGAUGACAGCAUUGAAGAUCUUGGAGAAGUCAAGAAAUGAUAGUGGAAGAUUACUUUUAUUUAAUUAUAUGGUUAUAAAUGAUAUAGCAAAAGUGAGGCUUCUAAAUCCAUUUGCUCUGCAGUGAAACUGUGGAGAACCCUUAUCCUUGGCAUUCUCACUGUUCUGUAUAGGCUGCUUGUUUUUUGUUUUUUUUAUUUGUUUCGGGGUUUUUUUUGUGAUAUUUGCCAAAGUUAAACUGGGGUUCUACCAUGCUUACGCAUGAAGUAGAUUAAAUAAAAGAACUGUUCCUCAUUGAA